ACAUUAAACCAAACUCUUGUCCUUACUAUAUUUUUUACUGAUUAAAUUACAGUGACUUUCCAGCUCAAUGCCUUUCAACAUAUCACUAUAUAUAUAUACACAAUUAUAUAGUAGCAAACCAUUGUUGAGUGUUGCUCUUAUAACUUGUGUCAUAAUAACAAGUAAAGAAAAAUGAGUUUUUCACAUACCAUAACUGGUUUCUCACUUGUUAUGAUAUUGUUGUUUAAGUUUCAAAGUGUUCAUUCCCAACUUCAAGUUGGGUAUUAUAGCAAUACAUGUAAUUUGGCUGAGAUUGUAGUUAAAGAUGAGGUUAUGAAAGCUUUCUAUGCUGAUACAGGAGUGGCUGCUGGUCUUUUGAGAAUGCAUUUUCAUGAUUGCUUUGUUAGAGGCUGUGAUGCUUCGAUUUUGAUCGAUUCGAAUGCAACAAACACAGCUGAGAAGGAUUCCCCUCCAAAUAAUCCAAGUUUGAGAGGAUUUGAAGUAAUAAACAAUGCAAAAGCAAGACUAGAAGCUUUAUGUAAAGGUGUUGUUUCAUGUGCUGAUAUAGUAGCUUUUGCAGCAAGGGAUAGCAUACAGUUUAGUGGAGGGCUUGGUUAUGAUGUUCCUGCAGGAAGAAGAGAUGGCAAAGUUUCAUUAGCUUCAGAAGCUGUCAUAAACUUACCUGGCCCAUCAUCCAAUUUGAAUCAACUCACUCAAAUCUUUGCCUCAAAAGGUUUCACACAACAAGAAAUGGUUACACUCUCAGGAGCUCAUACAAUCGGCCGCUCCCACUGCACUUCCUUUAGUUCUAGAUUAUAUAACUUCAAUGGAAUAACCGGUCAAGACCCGAGUUUAGACUCGAUGUAUGCAGCUCGGUUGAAGCAACAAUGUCCUCAAGGCAACAGAAAUCCAAGCUUGGUUGUUCCCAUGAACCCUUUUAGCCCUACCGUUGCUGAUAACAGCUACUAUUCAGACGUUCUAGCACGUCGUGGCUUGUUUUCUUCCGACCAAGCUCUCUUGUCCGAUGCAACAACAGCUAGCUUAGUGAAUCAAUUCGCUAGGGCUCCCUUUCUCUGGACAAGAAUGUUUGCUGAUGCAAUGGUUAAAAUGGGGCAAAUUGAGGUCCUCACAGGCAACAGCGGCGAAAUUCGGGCAAAUUGCAGUGUCAUUAACACCUAAAUAGAAGAGUUAUGGAGUGUUUGUAUUUAGUGAUAGGAUUUUGGAUUAGCAAAACCUCAAAAGGGGCAAGUGUAAUUGUAUCAAUAAAGACCCUGAGAGACUACUUGAGUGAGUUGAAAUAAAUGUAAGUAACAAUUUCAAAUGAAUAAGCUUUUAUGAGACUUUAAUAAAUCAAAAAUGAGAACAGCAUAAUAAUAAUAAUAAGGAAAUGGAACUAAUGAUCUCUGUCCACAAAGGGAAUAUGCAAAAUCUAAGCCUCCAUAUAGAUGGGAAACCAAUUUAAGUACAAUACUUAAUGAUAAACUCAGAAUAAUAAUUAAACUGCACUAAAAAUGUAAGAAUGCUAAGUUAAGUGGUGAGCUCCAUUAUAGCACUAACAAUGUCCCCAUCAUGAGCCUUCAGAGCCUUAACAGCCUUGAUCUUUGAAACACCAGCCUGUGUCAUCACCAAAUCAAUGUCCCUAGCCUCAACACCAGUUUCGUCAACCUCUUCCUCUUCUUCUUCGGCUGGGACACCAGCAGCUGGUGCAGCACUGUCAGCUUUGGCUGUCACGGCGCUCAUGUCUGGCAUCCUGAAUUGUUGGGCAGCUUGUGACUGCAACUGAGAGCUUAAAUCCUCUAUCUUUGCUUCCCCGAAU